UAUAAAUCAUGUCAUUCCUGUAGGACUUUUGUAAUGUAUACUCAUCUGGACAGUUAUCCUAUUUAUUGCAUUAUCUCUGUCUUAUGCAUAGUGCUAAAAUAUUACAAGACUGACACAUUUUUAUUGUAGGGAAAAGGUUUAGCCGGUACAUGGGAGAUCUUUGCGGUGUAAUAAAGCGGCUCAGGUGCGUCACUUUCCACUGCAUAAAAAGGGCGAAGUGUGCCUUUUGGUGGGAGUCAUUUUUAAAAACAUCUGCCGUGUGUCGAAGAUCCUGGGUCCAAGGUAGACCUGUCUUUUAGCCCUAUUGAAGGACAGCUGUAUUUACUGACGUAUGUAAAUGAAUGUAGGGGAGGUCCUUGGGCAAAAAACACACACUGAAUCAGUUUCACAUUGCAGCUCCGGAGUUCCUGCGUGGAAGGAAAAACGAGACGUGGCGAAAUCUGGUGAAUAUCUGCAGCCGCAUGCUCCGGCUCAGCAAACCAUGCAGGAUGAUUUACUGAUGGACAAAAACAAAGCCCAGCCUCACCAUCAGCAAGAUCCGACGCAAGUAGACCCUCCUCCCUCCACCCCGACCCCGUCAUCGGAGCCCACUUCUUCUUCAUCGGAGUCGGAGAGCCCGUCGACCGGGAGCAACCAAGCGACUUCAGCGCUGAGCAGCAGCAGCAAGGACAAAGUGCCGAUGGAGUCGCCGAUCCUGCCCGGGUUGAGCUUCCACCACCAGCCGCAGGAGACCGGCGGCCCCCUUUCCUCCCCGUCCUCCUCUUUUGGGAGCACUUGGUCCACGGGAACCACAAACGCCGUGGACGACAGCUUUUUCCAGGGAAUACCCUCGGUGAACGGGACGAUGCUUUUCCAGAACUUCCCCCAUCAUGUCAACCCGGUCUUCGGGGGUAAUUUCUCCCCGCAGAUCGGUCUGGCUCCACAGUCCCAGCAGCAUCAACAGCAAGCCCAGCAGCAGCAGCAGCAGCAGCAGCAGCAGCAGCAGCAGCAGCAACCCCAGCAGAGGAGAUCCCCUGUCAGCCCCAGUCAGGGUCCCUUCCCCCAGAGAAACGCUUAUCAGACCAUCAUGAAUAACAGCAAAGGGUCGUCGACGUCCUCUUCUGCCUCGUCGUCCGCUUGGAAUAAUCACCAAAACGCCGCAUGGAGCACAGCCUCCAACCCCUGGAGCGGGCUGCAGGCAGGCAGGGACCCGCGCAGAGCGGUGGGCGUCGGGGUAGGGGUCGGGGUGGGAGUCAGCGUCGGGGUGCCGUCACCCCUGAACCCCAUCUCCCCCAUGAAAAAGCCCUAUACCAGCAAUGUUAUAGCACCCCCCAAGUUCCCAAGACCAGGUCCCCUCACUCCCAAGCCCUGGAUGGAGGACAGCGCCUUCAGGACUGACAACAGCAACAACAUACUGCCUUUCCAGGACCGGAAUCGGCCCUUUGAUGCUUUUAGCUUGCACUCUUUGGAGACUUCCUUAAUGGAUAUGAUAAGGACUGACCAUGACAAAGGUAAACCACACCCUGCCGGUGGCCCACCAAUGACUAUCGCUGAUAUUAUAUGGAGGAAUCAUUUUGCAGGACGCAUGGGCCUCAACUUCCAUCAUCCUGGAGCAGACCACAUAAUGCCAUUGAACACCCGGAGCUAUGGCCGCAGAAGAGGUCGUUCCUGUCUUUUUCCCUUCGAAGAUGGUUUCCUCGACGACGGUCACGGUGACCCCUCCUUGACCCCGGGGCUGAACUCGCCUACCCGCUGUCAGAACGGAGAGAGGAUGGAGCGCUACUCCAGGAAGGUCUUUGUCGGAGGCCUCCCCCCUGACAUAGAUGAAGAUGAAAUUACCAACAGUUUCCGUCGCUAUGGGCACCUGGUGGUAGACUGGCCCCACAAAGCUGAGAGCAAAUCCUACUUCCCACCUAAAGGCUACGCCUUCCUGCUCUUUCAGGAAGAGACUUCUGUCCAGGCCUUGAUCGACGCUUGCAUCGAGGAGGACGGCAAGCUCUACCUGUGUGUGUCCAGUCCCACCAUUAAAGACAAACCGGUCCAGAUCCGUCCCUGGAACCUGAGCGACAGUGACUUUGUCAUGGACGGCUCCCAGCCUCUGGACCCCCGCAAGACCAUCUUUGUAGGAGGGGUGCCACGGCCUCUGCGUGCAGUGGAGCUGGCUAUGAUCAUGGACCGGCUGUACGGAGGUGUUUGCUACGCCGGCAUUGACACUGACCCAGAACUCAAAUACCCGAAAGGAGCCGGCCGUGUGGCCUUCUCCAAUCAGCAGAGCUACAUCGCUGCCAUCAGCGCUCGUUUCGUUCAGCUGCAGCACAAUGACAUCGACAAAAGGGUGGAGGUGAAGCCUUAUGUCCUGGACGACCAGAUGUGUGAUGAGUGCCAGGGGGCACGCUGCGGGGGGAAGUUCGCCCCCUUCUUCUGUGCCAACGUCACCUGCCUGCAGUACUACUGCGAGUACUGCUGGGCCAGCAUCCACUCGCGGGCCGGCCGAGAGUUUCACAAGCCACUAGUGAAGGAGGGGGGCGACCGCCCUCGACAUGUGUCCUUCCGCUGGAGCUGAGGGGGGUACACGAGUCAGCCCUGCCCCGGUGAACACACACCCGACCCCUAAAAAAAAAAACCUCCUGCGCCCCUCCUACCCUACAGGCCGGGACAGCGCUGCAACCCCCCCCCUACACACAGCCUCACCUACUCCACCCUGCUCCCCACAAACACCUCAUGAAAAAAGCAAAAAGGAUACCGUCAAAUACAUGGGACUUUCUUCAUGCCACAUGGCUCUGAACUCAUUGUCUAUGGUUCCCCUCUGAUGAAGCAUUGUGGGGAAACGAAAUGCGAAAGUCUUUCAGCUUAGAAUUUGCACUUUGGCACAAAAUCUCGCUAAACACACACACACACACACACACACACACACACACACACACACACACAUACACACACACACACACACACACACAGGAUGGUAUGUUAGACACCAGGCUACUUUCAGUUCCCCGUUCUGUUGACUGGGCGGUGUGGUACGUCCUGUUGGACCCCUCCUUACUGAGACAGAGGUGGGACCAUACAAAUAUUUAAAAAGUAUAUAUUUUUUGUUUUGUAACUAUCUAUACAUAUAUAGAUAAUUUAAAUUUUAUGUAAAAGGAGCAUGCACUUAUUUUCAAGAGCUGUAGUUAUAUAUUGCCCCUACUAAAAAAGAAUUACCAAAGGCAAAUGAAAUUAAUGCAUACAGAAAUAGGUGGCAUAAGAUGUAGCAAGACUUAACAGCUAUCCAGUAGUGUGGGCCUGUAUCGCCCAGAGUAAAAAUAACACGGCUAUAUUCGCUCUCAAUUUUGACUCUGAAAAUAUUAAUACCUCAUAUGCGCAAUCAGAUUAGUUUGCUUUUGAUUUCUAGGUCUUUAUUUUUAUAAUAACAUUAUUUUUUAGUGUUAUGUAAAUGUAAUGCUGCAAUAGCUUUGCUGCUAAAUCCAUGGUAUAAACAGAUACCAUAAGUACUUUAUUCAGGCUAGGGUGUAAAAUAAUAAAUAACAGAUCACAAGAAGCACCUGGUGUUGUAAAACGACGAGCUAUCAUAGGGGGAGGGGGCGCCCCUAGACAACGAUGGCUACCUUUUGUGGGGGUCGGGGUGGGUCGCCCCUAACUGCAUGUUUAUUUCAAUCAGGUUGCUGCAUGCAAUAGACUUUUCAGUAUCAUGUCUACUAUUCGAUUCUGCCCAUGUUUGCACAACACACUAUAGACGUACGUUCGACUCGCACGAAACUGGACAGAAACAGGGAGGACUGGUCAGAGGAAUCAUGGCGGCUCCUGUCGCUGGGCGGGCCGACGGGCAACGCCACGGGGCGGCCAGAGCUGACGCUUCCUGCACAAACAGGCAGCGAACACAUCCAGGCGACAGGGGAGAGAAAAAAAAAACAACCUUAAUAAUCACAAAUCAAAUUAAAUGUAGGAUUACCAUUUAAAACUGUCUAUGAUAGGUGAAGUACUUUUUUGCAGUGAUUGUUGAUAUAAUUGUGCAAUUUUUUAUACCGUAUGUAGUUAGGUCUGAGUAUGCCUAGAACUGUGAUUCGCUUUAACUGUCGUUAAUGUCCGACAUAGAAGUCCUGUGAAACUUCAUAACUAGUGUAUGCACACGUAUAAAUGUUCUCUUGUACACACACUUGCACCAGUAUACACAGAAGCCUCUCGACACACACAGACACACACAUGAACACACACGGACGGCUGUCUUUCUUACGCACACAAACAGGCCUACAAACACAGAGUCUGAUCUGAAGAGAAGACGCAACAAUGUGAGCUUAAACUGAGAACUGAGGUCUUUUUUUCUUUGAUUUGUUCCACCGUUGACAAAAGCGCACGUUUACGUCUCGGAAUGCAACCAAAGAGCUCGCGUGUUCGACUUUUAACAGACCACCCUAACACGCGUAGCGAACAGCCGCCUGCAGCUCGUGCGGCCUCCUGCAGAGGGGCUGAAGGUGCACUCGAUUAGAUGAGGAAAAAAAGAGGGCAGUUGGGAAGAAGAAUCGGGAUGUCAUGGGGAUAAAACGAAACAUUGAAGCUACUGGAGACUUGAGGUUGAUAAACUGAGCUCUGCACAUGCUCUCACUAUAUGGCUGGGCUGGGGCGGGUGGGAACGGGGGAAUGACAUUGCCAGAACAUGCAGAUGUGCAAGCUGGAGUUACCAUAUUUAUCCAGAUUUUUUUUCCUGCAAAGCUUGAAGUAAUGGACCUGCUAAAAAAAAGGUGGACAUAUAUCUUUUAGUUUUUAUCAAAAGGUUAUGGUGCGCAGUUCAAACAGGAUUGGGUGGGCAGGGUGGGGGUGCAUAGAAACUUAAGUAUUGGCUGCUGAAAACAGGGCGGCUCUGGUUUGGGGGCAGGGGUGCUGGGGCCACGUUACACUGGUUUUAGCAGUUUUGUGGACAAUCCGAACGGGAUCCUACAUCAUUGCAAGUUAAUGUGUGUCGUCCCUCCCCUCUUUUUUUUUUUUGUCCGUGACUUGUGAUUGUCCCGUGCUGGCGCCCCGCAGUCCCUUUCCUCUUUCUUGUUUUAGUCGCAAACUGUUUUUUUUUUUUUUUUUAUUUGCUUUAGGAUACAUGUUUUUGUUGUCCAAGAAAAACUAAUUGAAACUAAGCAGAAGAUACUUUUUUUACUGAUAGAAAAAAAAAAGACUUAAAAAAGACGAGGCUAACCAUGAGUAAUAAUAAGUAUCCCUAUGAAAGUGAAUUCUGGGUGUUUUUGUGACAUUUCUUUCCCCACCCAGACAGGUUUUCUAUGUUUGUUCCUUCUCUAUGAUAGAUAUUUGUUAUGCACUACUCUUUGUAUCUGAACAGUUUUUUCGACGGUCAGCAGUUCUUUUUGUUAAAAGACAAAAAAACAAAACAAAAAGCGACGAUAAAGCGUGCUUUCUGACUGACAAGAUCUUUUGCAAUACCUCAAUUUUGAAAUAUAUUAGGAGAGAAACUGAUAUUUUCUAAGUAAGUUUAUUCAGAUGAAAAAAAUAUAUAUUAAUUUAAUUCUUCAAGAGAAAUGAUUUAACAGAUGGUUGAUUUUUUUAUUUUUAUCAUGCUUAUUUGCUUUUAUUUUAAGAAUUUAUUUUUUUGAAAAAGACAACAACUGAAGGAGCUAGAGCUUUAUAACUAAUAUAAUGAUGUAGUUAGUGAGAGUACAGUCUACUUUAUUACAGUGGAAGUGAGGGUGAGCGUCCCACUGGUCAAAUUGGUCGAGAAGAGCUCUUUAGGAAAAAAAAAAUCUAUCAGGUGCUCAGAGAGAAAACUGAACAUAUUUCCCACGUUUUUGUAUAUUUAUAAUCAAUCAUUUACUAUGCUGACCAGAGUUGUGAAAGAGAUCUUCUGUUCAUUAUUUUUUUAAGAGAAGUUUUUUAUGUUUCCUAAAAGUAUGUGCUCCCUUUUGUUUUGUACAAAAAGCAACGUGACCCUGAUUUGUUAGCCUGACGUCGUCGGGGAGGAAAAUAAAAAAGAGACUUGUGAGUCGCUGUUCGGCGCGAGGUUGAGAGAGACAAGAAUGUUAUUUUUAACACAAAACAGACACACGUGUUUUCACCUGUAACUUGAUCGAAAGCCCCCAAGGUGCAUCAAUUGACUGGUGGCCUUCUAUUCACGCAAGACUUGAAUUAGUCCCAUUUUUUAAGGCUAAGAACCUUGAUUCUUUGUUGUAAUGUGCAAUACUGUUUGUACUGUUUGUAGAAAAGAAGAAAACAAGAAAAAGAGGCAUAAAUCUUUAUUGCAGAAUUAUUUUCAUUGCAAGCAUUGUGAUUCACUAAAAUCAUUUUCUACUGUGUAUUUACCUACUCUACCUGCUAGUACCUUCCAGUAGUAAUGUAGCCUUUGUACUGAGAAAAUUUUCAUUAUUUUUAGAAAGUUUUGCUAAAAAAGAAAAGAAUUUAAACAUAUUUACAUAUUUUCAUUUUUAUUUCGUAUUUUUUCUUUUACAGACUUAUUUCUCAACCAUUAAUAGUUAUUUCUGGGGGAGAUUUUUCAUAUCUGGUCAAUGUCAUUAAUAUUAUUUUGUAUUUUUACUUGGAAUAAAUUAAUUUUAUGAUGCUAAUUCUUUAAAAGUUUAUUUUUUUCAUUUGUUCACCUUUUUUCAUUUUUUUGAAGCUGAAAAAAACAACAACUUUGUAAUAUUGUUACUAAAGUGUCUCGAUUCUUGAAAUGCUAAGCUUUAUGUGUUAACUCGCUGAUGUUGCUUACAUUAGUGUGAAAAUGAUCUACAGAGAAAAAAAAAAACUAUUCACAAACAGCAGAUUGGUGGUUGGUGAUGUUUAAGUGAUUCGCAAUGUAAACAAAUGAAUGGGCAAUAAAAUAAAAUGGCAGAAUGGAGCAUA